GUGUCCGCAGAGGUCGGGCAGCAAACAUGCGACCACGCCUGCGGAUAACUACUACCUGGCUCGGAGGAGGACUCUGCAGGUGGUGGUCAGCUCCUUGCUCACCGAAGCCGGCUUCGAGAGCGCUGAAAAGGCCGCGGUGGAGACGCUGACGGAGAUGUUACAAAGCUAUAUUUCUGAAAUUGGGAGGAGCGCAAAGUCCUACUGUGAACAUACAGCCAGAACGCAGCCCACGCUCUCUGAUAUCGUGGUUACUCUUGUGGAAAUGGGGUUCAAUGUUGAAACGCUUCCUGCAUAUGCCAAGCGCUCCCAGAGGAUGGUCAUCACCGCCCCUCCUGUGACAAACCAGCCCGUGACUCCCAAAGCCUUGUCGGCUGGACAGAACAAGCCACAUCCACCCCACAUUCCUGGCCAUUUCCCUGAGUUUCCAGAUCCUCACACUUACAUCAAGACACCAACAUACCGGGAGCCAGUAUCUGACUAUCAGGUCCUCCGAGAAAAGGCAGCAUCUCAACGGCGCGAUGUCGAAAGAGCUCUCACACGGUUCAUGGCUAAGACAGGAGAAACACAGAGUCUCUUCAAAGAUGAUGUUAGCACAUUCCCACUGAUUGCUGCCAGGCCUUUCACCGUACCCUACCUGACAGCUCUUCUCCCCUCUGAGCUGGAAAUGCAGCAAAUGGAAGAAACAGAUUCAUCUGAGCAAGACGACCAGACAGACACCGAGAACCUCCCCCUGCACAUGAGCACGGAUGAUUCAGGACCUGAAAAGGAGAAUGCAUCAGUGUUACAGCAGAACACCUCCCUGUCGGGCAGUCGGAAUGGGGAGGAAAAUAUGAUAGACAAUCCCUACCUCCGGCCAGUGAAAAAGCCCAAGAUCCGCAGAAAGAAGUGAGGUGCAGCCUGCUGGGUGCUCAGAGGAAGAGAAACUCGGGAUUCACCUCCACUGCUGUGGGUGAGAGGAAUGGAGCAAGACAGGAGGCAAUCCAGCUGAGUGGCAGAAGCAGAGGAGUGAUCUCUCUGCCUAGUGAACUACGCUCUUACCCUGGUUUGCAACGCUCCCUCUUUCCCCUCUGCUCUCCUGCUGACUUGGGACGGUCAACGAUCAGUUGCCUUAAAAGUGCUGAAGGCCACCAGGUUACAGAUGGGAAUUGUCUCGUUUACUUUGGUUUGUUCUCACUGU